AUGUCAUCGAGAAAGGAGUCGUCCUCGUCGUCCUCGGCAUCAACGUCGAUUCUGUCAGCGAGACAGCGUGCGCCUCCUGGCCCAUCUGGCGGAAUGAGCGAGUCUUUGCAUCCUCCUCGUCCAAAGUCACCGAUGUCCUUUGGGCUUAGGCGGCUCCGCCAGCCCUCAUUAUCAUCUCCAACAGCUGUCGUCGACUCUGCCGCCCCAUCGUCCCCCUCACCCUCAUCUCGCACACAACCAUCAACACCCCGCUCGACGUCAAGCACGCAGAGCUCGCCAAGUACAACACGAGCCAGUGGUAAAGGUGGCGGGCUCUUCAGGCGGCCGAGCUUUACGCUGUCCUCGUCGAAGCUGGCCAAUGGUUCUUCCAGCCAGACUUCCUCUGCGAGCAGCGCUGCUGGACCCUCAUCACCUGCAUAUGCUGCGGCCUCCCCCUCCUCUCCUGCCAGCAAGAUCCCUCGCUCUGCACCACCUCUUCGACCAGGUAAUCGCGCCGGUCAUACCCGUUCAGCUUCAUCGUCGACCACUUCGAGCAUCAUCAACAAUGCCUCGACUGCUCAGCAGGAGUUCAACUCGUAUAGUGGGCCAGAUUCGGCGCCGUCACCAUCGCACUCGCGGCGCAGCUUCUCCUUAGACCCAGUUCCCGCAUCAGCAAAGAAGAAAGUUUAUGGUAGAGAGGACGUGGAGCGUUACAGGCAGGGACAAGGAGGCGGACAUGAAGGACACCAGCAGCGCUCGAUCAGUCAGGGCACUAUGCAGACUGCCACGUCGUCAGGUUCAUCAUCGCCGCUCGGCCGCAACGGCACGCUCAAGGCUUCGUCGCGGCUCAAUGUUCCUCCAGAGAGCAACUCAAUCAGGCCCUCGAUGGACGUGGACGGCGGAGAAGUCGAAGAUCUCGACUCUCAACCCUCGAGCUCUCGCACCAGCUCACGACGUCCCUCGAUUACAAUUGCAGAGCAGCAGCGCAGCCAGAGUGUCCUUGGCGUCCGGCCGCCGCAGGAUCGCGGCACUGCCUCGUCAACCUCAUCACUGCGAAGUCGGGAGCGUCCGAUGAAGCGGAGCGAUUCGAGUGGCUCGAGGCGGAGCAUCUUUGAUUGGGGUGGAUCGAGUGGGAUCCCAUCCAUCGUGAAGCGUGCGGGAGGAGGUAGGGAGAAGGGUACCUCUUCUGACGGGCCAUCAGCUCCCACGUCUACUACGUCGCAUCAUCGUCAUACGCCUUCGACGAGCUCAGCUUUCAAGGCUUCGACGCUGGAAUUCUUGCGGUCAGCCAGCUCGCUGGGACAUCGAGGACGCCAGCAGGAUUCGGACAGCUCAGAUGAUGAUGACGACGAUGCGGACGACAGAACAGAGGGGGCAAAGACGCCUGAGCCUGGCUUCUUCAGUCGAGGACAUGGCAGAAAACCCUCCGGUACGUCGGGGAUCCCGCUAUUCAGAAGACCAAGAGCUACGAGUCAGGCUUCCAAUGCUGCCCUCGGAGGACAGCAGCGCCAGCAGCAGGACGCUCCACCGCCGCGGCCGCCUAGCCGCUCCUCAACGAUGGCCUCAAGUAUACUUGGUGGGCGAGAUGGAGGAGGCGUCGGCUUCCUCUCUGCCCUCUCCAAGGUCAAAUCGCGAGAAGGAGUGCGAGCAGACCCGCAGACUGGCGCUUUACCUCGACAAACGCCCCCUCGUAGUGCCAAUUUGCCAGCGCAGGAUGAUGACAAGGACCUCCCGCCUCGUCCCUCUACUUCCAUCGGGCACUACCUCAGCACGCCUUCGCGCUCUCGACGCCCUUCGCAGGCUUCCAUCAGCCCAGAGGAGAAUCUCUCGUCCCGACGAAAGCGAGUGCCCUCAAUCUACAGUCUUGCGCCUGCUGCAUUAAAUACCGGGCCGCACAGCAGCGAAUCAGAGUUAGAGAAUCAGCAGCAACCAGCAACGCCUGCAAGUCCUUCGCUGGCCAACGGAGCAGGCAAUUCAGGCAGCGGCUGGCGCUUCGGUCGUGGAUGGAUGCUAGGCCGCAAGGACGUCAAGCCCACGACUGCAGGGAGCGGGUCAACUACCUCCUUCGCUUCGGGCGGGCAUAGCUACAGCGGCAGCGCGGGCAGCAACAACAUCACCGCGCCGCCUCUCCUCUCGCCAAACGCCAACUCAGCCACGCGAAAGUGGGUCGCCCUGCCCGAACCCGCUUCCUCGAGCAACAACAGUACAGCAUCCCUCUCGCAGCCAGCGAGCCUCAUCUUCGGCGUGCCCUUACGCCAGGCAGUCAUGCACACGCGCUUCCUGUCCCCUGUCCCGAUCAACGAGGCCACCGCAGCCACCUCGGCAGCUGCGAGCCCACAAGCACCGUACCGUGCAGCACCCCCUGGCUCCCCGCUUCGAGCGAGGCGACGACCAAGCAAGAUUGGUCUCUUGGACCUGGGUAACGAGUUCAGCAUUUCGCCCGACCUCUUCGGCUCGGGAGGAGGGGAGAGUGCCUCUAGCAACAGUAUCGACUCGGCUCUUGGUCUUCCUUCGCCGCUUUCGCCUGGUUCGCCCGUCACGAAGCAGCCGGUCACAGGUGCCGGCACACAGCCAGCAGUGCCUGCAAGGCAACCAGUGGACCGCGCUGCGGCCCGCAAACAAUACCUGCCGCGCUUCGUCGUGCGCUGUAUCGAGUCGCUAGAGACGUACGGGCCGGAUGAGGAAGGCGUUUAUCGUCUCUCUGGCCGAUCUUCGCACACGCAGAGGAUCAGACAGCUCUUUGAUGGCAAGAUGGAUUUGAGCACCUUGGUCGUUCCACUCGAUGACGGCGAAGGGGCCGGCGAGAAGGGGUCGAGCGGAGAGGACGGAGACUUUGAUUGCGAUCUGGACUUGCGAGCCCUACCCCCGUCGGAGUGCGACCUGAACUCGGUCUGCUCGGCGCUCAAGGCUUGGCUGCGGGAGUUGCCCGCGCCCAUCUUGAGCAAGGAGCUCCUCGCCACGCUGGAGGGGACUGUGCGCCGCCACCAGGCCUCCGGCACCUCUAGCGCAACCGUCGAAGAGGCUUCGUCACUUCUCGCGAAAUUGGAUCCGGCCCCCUGGUACCUCCUCCGCGAGCUCUGCCUCCACCUUGGCGACCUGACUGCUUCGGACGUGGUGAAACGCACAAAGAUGACGCUCAACAACCUCUGCCUCGUCUUGGCGCCCACCUUGUUCAUCCCGGUGACCACGCUCAACUUCCUCGUGCAGCAGCGCGAGGAGCUCUUCAGUCAGGCGCCGAAGGAGGACGCCCAGUUGGACUUGGUGCGCGAGGGUGGGAUUCUGGGUGGGUGGGGAAGUAGUGGAAAUGUCAAGGGGGCCACAAGCAAUGCGGAAGGGGCAUUAGGGACGCCGAGCAAGGCAGGAAGGCACACACCGACCGCCAGCAUGGCGUCUAUGAUCCCGAUUUCCAGUGCAAGAAACAGCCCGCGCAGGGCCGAUGGGGGGUCCAACGGUAGCACAAGCAACAGCGGAGAUACUGUCUAUUCGACCUCUCUACCGCGUUUGCGUGACCCCAGCUCCGGCUCCAAUGGUGGCGCGUCAGCAAGGGCGAAGCAGUGGAGGGAGACGGUCUUCCUUGGCGUGCCUUCGUCCGCGUCGCCUUCCACCUCGUCAUUUUCUACCGGACCAUGGGCAAUGGCAGGUGCGACGGGUGGCGGCAAUAAUCGAGACUCGCAGGCUAGCGUGGCGAGCAAUUCCACGGUGACUGCUGCGCAUCAGGGCGGACAGACGGCAGAAAGUGAAUCGAGCCUGCCCAGCGAGGAUGGCGAAGAGGAGACUUCCGGCGCGACCAUGGUUGUCAAGCCCGACGCGAGCGUCGAUGAAGAGCAGGACCCCCGUGGAGAUCUGGCUUCCUCCAUGUCCACUACCUCGUCUUCGCGCUCUCUCGCCGCCCUGUCGUCCCGCGAGUCGCAUUCUAGGCAUAGCUCAACGAACACUGCUGUUAGCAGCUUGCUUGGCCCUUCAAAUGGGAACGGGCAGAAUGGCACGGCAGCAGGAGCUGCAGGAGCAUCGCUGCCUGCUCCACCAUUGGCCAUGCUGGAACGCGCGCCUACCUCGGGAUCAAGGCAUGGUCAGGAGAAAGAGGAGAUCCUCGACGACUUCCCUGCCCCUCCGGCUGCAGCCCCGCCGGCAUCGUCGUCGCAAGCAGGCUGGAGUCGUCAUGAUCGCUCCAGCAGCAGUGGCGGUAGCAGCGUGGGCAGCAAUAAAGACGUACCCGCCCCUCCCGUGCCAGGCAAGGAGAGCAUGCGUCGCCGCCCGAGUGCCGCAACCACUACGUUGCCACCCGCGUCUUCAUCUGUUCCCAUCACCCGCCCUCCGGUCGCACGAGCUCGCUCCCGCACGCACGAAGGUAGCGGUAGUAGCGGACCAUCAUCUGCGGUUAUGACCCCGUCGUCAAGCCACGGAGGAAGUGGGAGCAGUCUCGGCCAUCAUGCAGCUGGAAGCGGGAGCAUCUACAAUCGUUUCGCAACCCCUUCAUCCUCGUCGAGCAGCCUGAACCACAAGUACAGUAACGCACUCGAGGCCCCUGCACCUGCAGCCAUGCCAGCCUCUCCGGCUAUGAGCUCGGCCUCGUCUUCUACGUCGCACACCUCGACUUCGACGUCGACGCUGGACAGGCCGAGGCCUAUUGCCUCGAGCAGCUCAGCGACUGCCACUUCUGGAGGCGGUGGUUCAGGACGCUUCUUCUCGUGGGGGGGAGGGGCAGCGUAA